AUGAAUGCCAACAACAUUGAAGUCCACCAGAUGGAUGUUGACAUGGCCUUCCUCAACACCCUGCUGACUGAUGAGAUCUACAUCAUGCAACCUCAAGGUUUCAUCAACACAUCACAACCUGAUCAUGUCUGUUGUCUGUACAAGAGCCUCUAUGGUCUGAAGCAGUCCCCCUACAAGUGGAACAAGACCUUCAACAAUCACCUACACACCUCCAGCUUUGAACCUGCUGACUUGGAUCUGUGCAUCUACAUCCAGUGA